AUGGCAUCGACGGAGACAGCUGGGGCUGAGAAUGCUCAACAGCACGAAAACCAACCAAUAGAGCUCCACGAGACGCCGAACACGAGCCCUCCACAAGACCCAGAUCAGGUCCCAGAUGGUGGGUAUGGAUGGGCCGUUGUAUUUGCUUGCUUCGUACACACUUUUUGGAUCAAUGCAUGGACCGGCUGUUGGGGUAUCCUCCAGGCUGCUCUACUCAGGCAAACGCUACAACACUCAACCUCGAGCACAGUGUCUUUCGUAGGGGCUCUUGGAAUCGCGAUGGGUCCUGGGCUUGGUACCCCUUGCGUAUGGCUUGCUCGCACCAUUGGCGCUCGAUACACCAGCCUCUUGGGGAUACUAUGCUAUGGGUUAGGCUGCAUAGCGAGCGCCCAGGCGGUUUCCAAUGUCGGUGCUCUCUUCUUCACCAGUGGAGUGAUGUAUGGAAUCAGUGCCGGCCUCAUGUACGCCAUGUGCAACACACUUCCAGUGCAGUGGUUUACUACCAAGCUCGGAACUGCCAACGGUAUUAUCAAACUUGGCGGUGGCAUCGGCGCCACCGUCAUGAGCAUUGCCACGGGGUUUCUGACGGAGAAGGUUGGCAUCGCUUGGACAUUUCGCAUUCUCGGCCUGGCUUCGUUGGCCUCGGGCAUUCCCGUUGUUUUUCUGAUCAAGGAGCGACCCACCGCAAGCCGAAGCUACGCCCUGGACUGGACUAUCUUCAAGCAAUUGCCGUUUACCUUUUCCUUCAUCUCGGGGGCUCUUGGGGUCUUUGCCAUCUACACGCCUCCGUUCUUCCUCCCUUAUGUCGCUGAUGCAAUUGGACUAAGUAACGCCGCUACCACGGGUGUCGUCGACUGUUUCAAUGCUUGCAUGGCCGUGGGCCGUAUCAUAUCCGGCGUGGCCUGCGAUAAACUGGGCACCAUGAACAUGUUCUUCUUGACCAUGGCACUCAACGCUGUCACAUUCUUCGCUGUGUGGUCCGUCUCUAACACUUUGGCCGUCCUGGUUGUCUUCGCUGUUGUAAAUGGCAUCGCCAACGGCGCCUUCUUCGUCACAAUGCCCACGGCCGUUGGCAGGCUCUGGCCCGAAGAUUAUCUAAAGGGAGGCGGCGCUAUCAGCAUUGCGCUCACUGGGUGGUUUCCUGGGCUUUUGGUGGGUAGCCCGAUAGCAGGUGCUCUCAUGGACGCCAUGGGUGCAGAAAAUGCAACCUCUAUCGUUCCGUUCAGACCUGCGAUAUUCUACUCGGGAGGGACAGCGCUUGCAUCAACUGGCUUUGUUCUUCUCGCGGGCCUAGCGAUGAGGAGCAAGCGACCGGCUGUAAUCAAGAACUAG